AUGGAGGAUGGAGAAGCUUCAACGAUUACUUGCUUACCGACCACGAAACAAAACCCUAACUUGCUUGUCAACCAAAAGAAAGAGAGCAAAGAACAAAAGCCUAAAACCACCAAAGGUCGACAGAAGAUAGAGAUCAAGCGGAUCACAGAGGAGAACCGAAGGCAAGUGACGUUUUCGAAACGAAGAAGCGGUCUUUUCAAAAAAGCGGCCGAACUAAGCGUUCUCUGCGGCGCACAGAUUGGUAUCAUAACGUUUUCACGCAGCGAGAGGAUCUACUCGUUUGGUAACGUGGGCACACUCAUCGAUAAAUACUUGCGCAAGACUCCGGUGAUGCUGAGGUCAAAUCGUGGCGGCGACGUGCCAACGGGAGAGGAGAACAACGACGGUUUGAUGUGGUGGGAGAGAGCGGUGGAGAGUGUACCGGAGGAGGAUAUGGAAGAGUACAAGAAGGCGUUGAGUGCGUUGAGGGAGAAUCUACUGACGAGGAUCUACCAGAUGGGUAAUGAUAGGACGGCUGAGAAUCUUCCGGCGUUUCCAAAUGAUAUGGCUAUGGCUGAUUGGAAACUGACUAAUGAGAAUCUGAUGGCUAGGAACAAUCGAGGUUAUGUCGGUAACGAUGCUGGUUUGGACUUUGGGGUUCCAUUUAUGUCUCAAAAACCUAGACAGUGA